AUGGACGAUGCGGGGAAGACGAAGACGGUGUGCGUGACGGGCGCCGGGGGCUUCAUCGCCUCAUGGCUCGUGCAGCUCCUCCUCUCCAGCGGCGACUACGUGGUGCAUGGCACUGUUCGCGACCCAAGUGAUCCCAAGAACGCGCACCUGAUGGCGCUGGACGGAGCCGGGGAGCGGCUGCGGCUGUUCAAGGCGGAUGUGCUCGACUACGCGAGCGUGGCGGCCGCCGUCGCCGACUGCGACGGCGUCUUCCACGUCGCCAGCCCCGUCCCGGCCGCCAACCCCGCGAACCCCGAUGUGGAGGUCCUGGCUCCGGCUCUGACGGGCACGCAGAAUGUGCUCAAGGCCAGCCAAGCGGCCAACGUCCGCCGCGUCGUCGUAGUGUCGUCGGUCGCGGCGGUCAUCAUGAACCCCAAGAUCCCCGAGGGCGCCGUCGUCGACGAGGACUGCUGGUCGGACGAGGACUACUGCAGAACCACCGAGAUGUGGUACUGCCUUUCCAAGACGAUGGCCGAACGCGAGGCUCUGGCAUACGGGGAGAAGGCCGGGCUGGACGUGGUCACCGUCUGUCCGCCGUGGGUUCUCGGGCCUCUGCUGCAACCCACGGUGAACACCAGCAGCCUGCGACUCGUCACGUACCUGAAAGGCGAAACCGCCGAUGAGAAGACGAGGAACAUGGUGGACGUCCGCGACGUCGCCAACGCUCUCCUCCUGGCGUACGAAACCCCGGAGGCGUCCGGCCUGCGGUACAUCUGCAGCGCGCAUGCGAUGAAGGUGUCCGAGACGGUUGGCGUCGUCGAGAGCUUACACCCGGACCUGAAGCUGCCGGACUGCCCCAAGAAGUUUGUUCAGGUGGAAGACGAAACGGUGGUCAGCUCCAAGAGGCUGCAGGCGCUGGGGUGGAAGUUCAGGACGGUGGAGGAGACCCUCGGGGACACCGUUGGAUCGUACAAGGCUGCUGGAAUCCUCAAAUGUGCGUGCGUUGGAGAUUUGACAAAAGUGUAG